AGAAUACAGAAAAAAAUUGCAAGAGGGGAAGCAGAAGAAGAAAGAACAAAAAUCAGGAGUUGGCAUUUUGAAGACGAAACUCAUCAUCAUCUUCUUCCUCAGACAACAAAAAAAGCUUUUCACUUUCUCUCCACCCUUCUCUCUCUCCUUCUGAAAGUCUCUCUCUUUGCCGUCGUUAGCCUCUUCCUACACUUGGGGCUGCGAUUCUUCCAAUCCUCCGAUUUCAAUUUCAUCCUCUCAAUCAUAGUUUGAAAUCAUCGAGCUUUUACGGUGCUGUUGGUGUUUGACGCCGUAAAAUUCGAUCCUUUUUUAUACAUUUGAUGUUGAUUUUAUCGAUAGUUUUGUGAGAUCGAUUUUUUAGGGUUUCGAGUUUGGCGCUGACUUGAGGGUUUGAUUGGAUGAGAAUAAGGGGUUAUGGGACUUGAGUCAAUUGGGUUUGUCUCCCUAAUCAUCGCAAAUUCCUGAUUUCUCAGCUCUUUGGAAGGAAUUAGGAUUCGUUGAUUUCGAGUUUUGUGUUGUGUUGGUUGAUGAGAGAGUUGGGUUUGGUCAAUUGAGGGGUUUAGGUGUUGUUUUACUGUUUUGAUUCUGAUCAUGGAUGACAUUGAUUCAAGCGAUGGUGCUGCGGCUGCACGAGCUGGUGAGAUUGGCUCUAUUGGGGUAUCCACACCGUGGAAGCCAAUUCAGCUGGUUUUUAAGCGUUAUUUGCCACAAAAUGGGUCUGCUAGCAAAGUUCAUGUUGCCGUGAAGAAGCCGGUGGUGGUGAGACUAACUAGGGACUUGGUUGAGACGUACAAAAUAUGUGACCCACAGUUCAAAUAUAGAGGAGAGUUGAAUCCCAAGCGGUACUUGACUACUCCAUCAGUUGGUGUGAACAAUGAUGGCUUUGAUAAUGUCAACUACGAUCUAAUUCUGGCUGUAAAUGAUGAUUUUUGCAGUUCAGAUUCACGGCAGAGAUACAUUGUCAAAGAUCUUCUUGGCCAUGGGACUUUUGGUCAGGUUGCUAAAUGCUGGGUUCCUGAGACAAACAGCUUUGUUGCUGUAAAAGUAAUAAAAAACCAGCUUGCAUACUAUCAGCAGGCAUUGGUUGAAGUAUCUAUUUUGACAACGCUAAACAAGAAGUAUGAUCCUGAGGAUAAGAACCAUAUCGUUCGCAUAUACGACUACUUCUUACAUCAAAGUCAUUUGUGCAUAUGCUUUGAACUUCUAGACAUGAAUCUGUAUGAGCUCAUAAAGAUAAAUCAAUUCAGAGGCCUAUCAUUAAGCAUAGUCAAGCUCUUCUCUAAGCAGAUCUUACUUGGUUUGGCUCUUUUGAAAGAUGCUGGCAUAAUCCAUUGUGAUCUGAAGCCAGAGAAUAUUCUUCUGUGCGCCAGUGUGAAGCCAACUGAAAUUAAGAUAAUUGACUUUGGAUCAGCGUGCAUGGAAGAUAAAACUGUUUAUUCAUAUAUUCAGAGUCGUUACUACAGAUCGCCGGAAGUCUUACUUGGUUACCAAUACACUACAGCUAUUGACAUGUGGUCUUUUGGCUGCAUUGUUGCCGAGCUGUUUCUUGGAUUGCCACUAUUUCCAGGAGGUUCAGAAUUUGAUAUCUUGAGGCGUAUGAUUGAAAUACUAGGCAAACAACCACCUGAUUAUGUGCUCAAGGAAGCAAAAAAUACGAAUAAGUUCUUUAAAUGUGUUGGGAGUGUCCACAAUUUAGGGAAUGGUGGAACUUAUGGUGGCCUCAAAAGUGCUUAUAUGGCUUUGACUGGAGAAGAGUUUGAAGCUAGAGAAAAGAAAAAGCCAGAAAUUGGGAAAGAGUACUUCAACCAUAAGAACCUUGAAGAAAUUGUUAAAAGCUAUCCGUACAAGAUAAAUCUACCUGAGGACGAUGUAGUCAAAGAAACUCAAAUCCGGUUAGCUCUUAUUGAUUUUCUGAAAGGACUUAUGGAAUUUGAUCCAGCAAAACGUUGGUCACCUUUUCAGGCAGCAAAGCACCCUUUCAUUACUGGAGAACCUUUUACGUGCCCAUACAACCCUCCGCCAGAAACACCUCGUGUGCAUGUUACCCAAAACAUCAAAGUUGACCAUCAUCCAGGUGAAGGGCACUGGUUUGCCGCUGGUCUCUCUCCUCAUGUAUCAGGGAGAACCAGAAUCCCGAUGCACAAUAGUCCCCAUUUUCAGAUGAUGCCUUAUUCACAUGCAAAUAGUUAUGGGAGCAUUGGAAGCUAUGGUAGCUACAAUGAUGGUACUAUACAGGACAAUAGCUAUGGGAGCUAUGGAGGGACUGGCAAUAUGUUUGCAUACUAUUCUCCUGUGAAUCAUCCAGGCCUAUACAUGCAAAACCAAGGUGGGGUCUCAAUGCUUGGAACUAGUCCUGAUGCCAGACGUCGGGUUAUGCAGUACCCACAUGGAAAUGGGCCAAAUGGCCUUGGUACAAGUCCAUCUGCUGGAAAUUUUGCACCACUACCCCUUGGCACUAGUCCGUCACAAUUUACUCCAAAUACAAACAAUCAAUUUUUAGCUGGGUCUCCUGGACACCAUGGCCCGACAUCUCCAGUAAGAAACAGCUGCCAUGGGUCUCCUUUGGGAAAGAUGGCUGCAUUUAGUCAAAUUAAUAGAAGAAUGAGCGCUGGAUAUUCUGGAGGUUCUCAGUCGCAAGAUUCUUCCUUGUCACAAGCCCAAGGGCAUGGGAUGGAUAACUUUUAUCAAAAUGAGGGGUAUUCUGGACAAUUCUCUGGUUCACCUUCACGCCGGCAACUGGAUUCUGGUGUCAAAAAUCGUAAACAGACACAAGGAGGCACUACAUUAAGUACUGGGUACUCUACUCAUAACAAUGCCAACUCAUCACUUCGGUCCAAUAUGUAUAACCCUUCCAGUACUGCACACCAUCUUGAAAAUCCGGAUACUGCCUUAUCAGUACCUGAUCCAGGAGACUGGGACCCAAAUUACAGUGAUGACUUGCUUCUAGAAGAAGAUAGUGCAGAUGAGAGUUCUCUUGCUAAUGCAUUCAGCAGAGGUAUGCAACUUGGUUCAACAGAUGCCUCCAGUUAUUCCAGAAGGUUCAACAGUAAUGCCUCGACCUCAUCCUCAAAUCCGACUACCCAAAGGAGAUAUGCUCCCAAUCAAGCCUUUUCACAAGUAGAGACUGGCAGCCCUCCAAGUAAUGAUCCUCAUGCCAGAUUUGGCCAACAUAUACCAGGAUCACAAUAUAUUCCUCAUGUCUCCCAGAACUCUCCAAGUCGCUUAGGGCAGCAACCUCCUCAACGGUAUAAUCAUGGGAGACCAAAUGCUGGAAGAACUAUGGAUCGGAAUCACAUGAACGCUCAGCUUCCUCCUUCCAAUACAAAUUCUGGGGGUCAACAACGUUCACCCAGAAGUAGCUCAUAUACAAAUGGUGUCCCUUGGGGUCGUAGGACUAACAAUCAUGUCCCGAAUGUUCCAUCGACGUCCCAUGGAAGGGUAGACUACGGAAGUAUUGCUUAAUUCUGCAGUCUUUCUUCUCAUUUAUUUUGUUCUUUCCCUUGGUGUGCAAUCUUCUUGUUAGAAGUGUGGGAACAAAGUUGUACUGAGACAAGAAACAAACUUAGUUCAUGGCUUGUGGGCUUCUGAUCAGAACGUGCUUAUUCAUUGUGCUUUUUGCACAAAUAAACAAAAAAAAAAAGUAUGUUAUAAUUGAUAUUGUUAUCUUUCUGGCAUCUAUCUCUCUGAAUUUCUUUUUGGUAUUCUCUGAUGAAUGUAUCUUUUGGGAAAGUUGUUCAAGUGUUUAAGCCUAGCCUUGAAAAAAGAUCCUUAAUUUCCGUAAAUUUCAGUUUAUUAGCAGACUGAUAUUGGUGUCGUUUCUUGUUUUAUC